UCUUGAACAUAUCCUGUUGAUGCAUUCUGGGAGGCAGCGUAAACAUGGCAGCCUCCUGUAGAGCCCUAUGUAACGUCCGAUCUUACUUUAACCCACUGGGUCUUGUCCGGUCUCAGUAUGGAGCCCUGGGUCCGAUCGGAGUACGACUAUUGGACUCCGAGACCCACCGACCCGGGAGAGGGGUUCCCCCGGGGAAGACGAGCUCCCAAGGCGGGUACAGGAGGUCGUACGGGACCGGCAGUGGCGGCUCUGGGUCCUCCGGACCCGGUGUGUUUGGGAGAGGGGCCGGGGUCCGGGUCAGUGUCCGUGUCAUGGGCUGUGCCGUCCUGCUGGGAGCCGGACUCGGGACGUACCAGACCGUAAAGAACUCUGUUCAGACCCACCUCGCUGUGGAGGACACCAAGGGUUUGAAGCUGACCUUGUACCAGUACAAGACAUGUCCAUUCUGCAGCAAAGUGCGAGCCUUCCUGGACUUCCAGGGGCUGCCCUACGAGGUAGUGGAGGUCAACCCCGUCAUGAGGAAGGAGAUCAAGUGGUCCACCUACCGGAAGGUCCCCAUCCUCAUGGUGGAUGGAGAUGUGCAACUGAAUGACUCAUCCGUUAUCAUCAGCUCCCUGAAGACCUACUCAGUGACCAAGAAGAAGUCUAUCGCUGAGGUGUUGGGGUACUACCCGGAGAUGCGAUCGAAGAAUGACAGCGGGAAGGAGGUGACGGAGUACAGCAACAAGUACUGGCUGAUGCUGAGUCAGGAGGAGACCCAGGACCUCUACCCCCAGAAGGAGGCGCAAAAGGAGGAGAUGAAGUGGCGCCAGUGGGCGGACGAUUGGCUCGUUCACCUCAUCUCACCCAACGUGUACCGGACCCCCAGUGAGGCCCUGGCCUCCUUCGACUACAUCGUGCGAGAGGGGAAAUUUGGAAGCUUCGAGGGAUUCUUCGCCAAGUAUGUUGGUGCCACCGCCAUGUUCCUGAUCGCCAAGAGACUGAAGAACAAGUACCACCUCCAGGACGACGUGAGGCAGGACCUCUAUACGGCCGUCAACGACUGGGUGGCCGCCAUCGGCAAGAAGAAGAACUUCAUGGGCGGGGAGCAGCCCAACCUGGCAGACCUGGCAGUCUUUGGGAUCCUGAGGGUAAUGGAGGGGCUGCAGGCCUUUGAGGACAUGAUGGAGAACACCAAGGUGAAGUGCUGGUACCAGCGCAUGGAGACGGCCAGGCUCAACCCCCAGGAUCUCCAGCUCUGAACCAGGGGCUCCACACCCUUAACCCAGACCCUUUCUCCUCCUAUGUCCCAGACCCUAAGAAUAACUAAGGCAAUUGGCACAGUUCUACACUCGUUGCCCCAGCAGGGCACAGUAAGCUCGUCGUCCUCACUAUGAGGGUGUUUGUUUUAGGUGUCAGAGCAGACCAAACUAGUAACAUGGAUCCUCUGCUUGUUCAGAGGAAAACAUGGUCAGACUUUGCGGUUACAUUGAUAAUUCUUCCUCAAAUUGGAAAUGCAAUACAUUAGUGUGUUUGUUGGACUCUGGUAGUAAGUAUUCCAAUUCCAGUUUGGCUGUAAACUUUAUGCUUGUCUGCAAACAAAAUUCUAAAUAUUGUUAAUUACUGUAAAGAUAUUGAAUAAAGACAUGAUGCUG